GGGGCGGUCCCGGCGGGCGGGCGGUGAGGCAGAGCGCGCAGGGUGGUGGUGGCAGUCUGCACGAUGGCGUACCCCGGGCAUCCUGGCUCCGGAGGCGGGUUCUACCCAGGUGGGUAUGGAGGGGCUCCUGGAGGGCCUGCGUUUCCCGGACAAACUCAGGAUCCGCUGUAUGGUUACUUUGCUGCAGUAGCUGGACAGGAUGGGCAAAUCGAUGCUGAUGAAUUGCAGAAAUGCCUGACAGAGUCAGGCAUUGCUGGAGGAUACAAACCUUUUAACCUGGAGACUUGUCGGCUUAUGGUUUCAAUGCUGGAUAGAGAUCUGUCAGGCACAAUGGGUUUCAGUGAAUUUAAAGAACUCUGGUCUGUACUGAAUGGCUGGAGACAACACUUCAUCAGUUUUGACAGCGAUAGGAGUGGAACGGUGGAUCCUCAAGAAUUGCAGAAGGCCCUGACAACAAUGGGAUUCCGGUUGAGUCCCCAGGCCGUGAAUUCAAUUGCAAAACGAUACAGCACCAAUGGAAAGAUCACCUUUGAUGACUACAUAGCCUGUUGCGUCAAACUGCGAGCUCUAACAGACAGCUUUCGAAGACGGGAUACCGGUCAGCAAGGUGUUGUGAAUUUCCCCUAUGAUGAUUUCAUUCAGUGUGUCAUGAGUGUUUAAAUCAAGAGGAAGCUGUAUGGACAUCAUCGGCCUUCCAGCUGGAGUUCCCUUUCACUCUUGCUCCUUGCCCUCAGUAACGUGUAAACUUACAUCAUUCCUUUUCCUUAACAGCUAUUGUAAAGGUUUAUUACUCUGUGUACAUCUGAAGUUUUGUUUUAGUCUAAAUAAUAAAUUCUUUGGAAUUUUAUAAAUAGAAGAUCAGGUCUGUUCCACCAUUUAGAACUUCCUUGAGCCAUUGUCAUGUGCCUUAUUUUCUUGCUAACCCUCAUAUGUAAAUUUAAGUGGGCGGGAUGUUUAAGGCACAUUAUGUAUUUAUCACUGUAGGAUAUUAACACCUCUUCAUCAGACUACAGCUCUUGUCAUCCCUCUUCUAGAAGGGCUUUUGCAUGGUAUGGAGUAUCCUUAGGGCAUAAAAUUGUGUAGACCUACUUGGAUGCAAAACAACCACGACAGGGUUCACCUUAGAGGUGACUUGGUAUGGGCUUUCAGGCUCACAGGUGGUUUGAUGGCUGGCUGUAUGAACAGACAGGGACCAUGAGUGAUUAUUUUCUGCUUCUUGAAAACCUAUUGAAUAAUUUGCGUGGCAAAUACCAUCUGUCACCAAGAUUCUCUUUGUCUUCAUCCAUGUUCACUAUACUUAAAAACCUUGUACAGUAUGAGCUUAACUAUGUAAAAAAGAAAAUCGAUAGAAAAAGAUGAAGGGAAUAUAUGAAAAUAUUAACUGGUUAUUUUUGACUAAUAGGAUUUCUGGGUGAUUUUAAUUUCCUUUAUACGUUUCAGGAUUUUCCAAAUUUUCUAUAAUGUGUGUGCUUUCCUUUUAAAAUCAGAAGAUGCUCAUUUUUUAAAUAUUGACACUUCCAUUUUGAUACGCCAUGUAUUUACACUUACAGUAAAAAAUAUAUACACAGCAAAAGGACUGGAAAGGGUGUACCAAAUGUUGAUGUGUCUGCCCCUGGCAGUCAGGAUAUGAGUUCAUUUUCUUCCUGUUACUUUUCCAAAUGUUCUCUAAUAAGCAAGUAUUAACAUUUAUACUGGAAGCCUUUUUAUUUUUUAAAAACCAUGUGUUUUUAAGUAAGAUCUGGAUUCUAAUGCUGGCUGUGCCUCUUACUAAAUAUAUGGUGAUAAACUCAGAGCCUCAAUUUCCCCGUCUUCGAAAAGGAGGUAUUGUUAUCUCUGGGGGUAGAUCUGAAUAUGAAAAAAUUGUUGGUAUAAUAAGCACCAAUGUUUCUGUUUCUUAAAUUUAAAGCUGGCCUAGUUUGCUCUUUUGUGCAAGAGAGCUUAACAGAUAAAAUAAUGAAAUUAGUCUAUUGUUUCCCUGCCAGAAUACCUAAUUGUAGGGCACAAUAUACGAGUUACUAUUCUGAUGAUCAAUCAGCUGUCAACCAAUGCAAAUAAAAUAUGUCUAAGCAUCUUUAGCCUCAUUUCACUAGUUAUUUUUUCAAAUAUUGAUAAAAAGUAUAUAUUCAUUUUAUAAAUACUUAUUCAACCCUAACUUAGGUAUUUAUGUCACGUAGUCACACCUGGGCUACAUAUCAGAACGUGAAGCAGCCUGCUUUAUGGUACAUGGUGAGUCUAGGUUACAUUCCAGAUGUGUUGUCUGUGAGGCCACAAAGCUUGGCUGAGCCUGAACUGUCCCAAAAAGGGCCAUUAGAGGGCUCAGAGAACCAGGAGGCAGGGAACUCUCCCUCAGUCACAGCGCCUGCUGUUUGCUUCAAACUCACCAGGACCCUCCCUCUUAGGAAGCCCUAGAUUACGGAAAGGAUCAUUUCCUGGAUAACUAUAACGUGGUGAGGAAGAAGGCCUUUGCUGACCCGAGGUUAUGGGCCAUGUUUGAACCAUCCUACUGCUUUGAUGUGUCCCAUGCUGCAUCAACCAUGGUUCUGAGUUUGUUUUGGGUUAAGUGCUAAAGCGUUACAAAACCAUGUCUCUGAGAAUAAUUAAUCCAAUUUUAAUUAUUGAAACCUUGUAGCAAGUUUUCUUAUGUCCUCCACUUUCUACUUUCACUGUUUCUUUCCAAAAGCAUGGAGCCUUGACCUCAAUAUGCCUCUGCAGUUAAAAAGUUUCCUUCCUCUUGACAGAUUUGACAAAUCCACCCCCUUUCUUUGAUUACAGCCAGUCUUCAUUACAAGUGAAUCUCGUAUUGCCUUAUUUCUAUUUUAUGUUGGGUUCUGGGUUGCAUUCAUUAUAUGCUUGCAGCACAGCUUUCUUUCCAACCGUUUCUUGGUCUAUUUUCCUGAAAGCAUCUAGUUAAAGCAUGGUACAGCUGAGCUCAGACUUGCAUACUUCAUUUGGAGAAUGAAGUUCCUGAAAUCACCUCAAGGUUUAAUUUUGGAGAUACGUGCUUCAGCCUUAUGCUUCAAGAGAUUCACGAGUUAAUAACCCUUUGCAAGUGCUUCUAUUGGGUGUGACUGCAGGAGGCCUGGCGCUUGCCUGAGGGCGCUGGUUUAGAUUUGCAGCACAGCAAUUUUACCUACCUAAUCCCAGCUCUCCUGUGGAGCCCAAGCUGAAUGUAGGCUCCAAGUCAGCCUGUUCCAGGUGGCGCUGUCAAGUCCACGUGACGGCAUGUGAGCUAAAACUGCCGUUCUCUCUGAACUAGACUUUGCUUUCACUUAGCUGAGUGUUACUAUAUCCGUGUUCAUCUUAACUAUUCUAUAUGCCUAAAAUAUUAUAAAUACAAGAAAUGGGAGCUAUAUGUAAUCGUAAGGUUGGUUUUUUUUACUGUCACAAUAAAUAUGCAAACCCUUA